AUGCCUCUGGGUCCCAGGAGUGUGCAGUGCCCGUUGGAGGAGGCCCAGCAGGAGGCGAGAGAAGCCCAGGGCCUGGAGGGGGCCCAGCCCUCGCCUCAGGAUGGGCCAGCCACACUGGGAAGUGAGCCCUGCACCCAUAGCUCCAGCAGCCAUGGGGACGAGGCCGCAGGGGAUGCCGGGGCCUCUCUCCAAGAUGCGCUGCGCAGGAAGAAGGUCCAACUGGUGGCCUUCCUGCUCCUCAAGUACCGCGCCAAGGAGCCGACCACGAAGGCAGCGAUGCUGGAGCGUGUCGUCCAGGAUCACCAGGACCACUUCCCUGACAUCCUCAGCCGUGCCUCCUGGUCCUUGCAGCUGACCUUCAACAUUGACGUAAAGGAAGUAGAUCCCAACAGCCACUCCUAUGUCCUGGUCCCCACCCUGGGCCUCACCUGGGAUGGGGUGACCGAAGAGCAGCGCCUCCCCAAGACCGGCCUCCUGGCGCUGCUCCUGGGCGUGAUUGUCCUGUGGGGAGGCCGGGUCCCUGAGAAGGAAGUGUGGAAAAUGCUUAGUGCCAGGGGGGUGUACUCCGGGAAGGAGCACGUCAUCUUCGGGGACCCCAGGGAGCUCAUCACCAGGGCCUGGGUGCAGGAGCAGUACCUGGAGUACCGGCAGGUUCCCGGCAGGGAUCCCGCUCGCUUCCAACUGCUCUGGGGCCCCAGGGCCCAGGCAGAGGCCAGCAAGGUGCAGGUCCUGCUGUUUUUGUUCAAGCUUCUUAGCACACGUAUAGGCCCUUUCCUGUGCCCAUCUGAGGAGGCUAGGACCAAUGAGGAACAGGGUCCCUGA